CGAUCGGGAAGGAGUGUUCGAAGUUAGUACUUAGGGUACUCAUACUCAGUACUUAUACAACCUUAUUUAAUACGUAUUUCUAGUUGCUAAUACAAUAUCAAAAAUCUCCAAACAGCCUAAACCGAGAACCUACCUUGACAAGUGUCGCCAUUAAUUUACAAUAACACAUUGACGAGUCUUUUUAUCGGAAAACAAAUUACGAUUUAUUGUGAAUCGACGUUGGUGUUAUUAUAAAAUAUUUUGUUUACUAAUAUUAUACGGGUUACCAUGGCGACCCACAAUAAUAUGAACAACGAUGAUCUGCGAAGACUAUUAGGAACGUCUAAUAUGGAAAAUGAAAUGGUAAUAAAUAAGGAUAACUAUAAUCAGAAAAAAGAACUAGAUCCAAAUUACUUACUUGGCGAACAAGAGCACAUUAACAAAACAACUAAAGUCUCAUGGAUUUUAGUCAUAACAACAAUAAGUACUAGUUUAGGCUGUUCAGUUCCUGCCGGAUACAACACUGGAGUAGUAAAUGCCCCUGCAGAAAUAUUGAAACAAUGGUGUAAUGAAACGAUCAUGCAUCGUUAUGAUGUACAAUUUUCACCUGCUCAACUUGAUGGCCUUUGGUCUAUACUAGUUUCCGUAUUCUUGAUUGGUGGCAUUAUCGGUGGUGUAGCUGGUGGUAAAUUAGCAAAUGCAUUGGGCAGGAAAGGAACCUUACAAAUUAUAUACCUGAUUAAUUUAGUAUCUGGUAUCCUCUUUUUUAGUUCUAAAUCAUUAGCUCAUGUAGAAUUAUUUUUUAUUGCAAGAUUUUUAUCUGGUCUAUCCGCUGGCCUCACAAUGGCAAUGGUACCGAUGUAUUUAUUAGAGUUGUCACCUGCCAAUAAAAGUGGUUUAUUUGGUGUUAUGUUUACAGUAGGCUUGAACUUUGGUGUGGUGUUGUCUCAGUUUUUAGGCCUGGGAAAUAUCUUAGGUAAUGAGUCGUCGUGGCAUUACUUAUUUAGUCUAUAUGGAGGUUUGGUAUUAUUAGCACUUCCUACUUUAAAAUGUAUUCCCGAGAGUCCUAAAUACUUGUAUACUGUACGCAAUGAACACAGCAAAGCAUUAUCAGAACUAAGCAAUUUAAGAGGAAUGCCAAUAUCUGACAUAAGCUGGGAAUUAGAAAAUUUACUCGUUUCUUCUGAAAGGUGGACGCUGAGAAAAGUUAUCAAUGAACCUUCUAGCCGUAAAGCCAUAAUAAUCACCUGCAUAAUAAUGUUGGGUCAACAACUGUCUGGAAUUAAUGCAGUGUUUUAUUAUUCUACGUCAAUAUUCAGAAAUGCAGGAAUGAGCACAGCUGGUGCUCAAUAUGGAAAUCUAGGCGCAGGAGUAAUAAACUUCAUUGUAACUAUUUUAUCAACUACAUUUAUUGACAAUUUUGGACGAAAAACAUUGCUAUUAUUUAGCAGCACCAUUUGUGUAUUUAUGCUCACAGCGUUAAUGAUUUCAAUGAUUUUAUCGUCUAUUGGUACAAUACCAGGAAUAUCUUAUUUGUUGAUAGUAUUUGUUAUUGGUUACGUUUUAUUCUAUGGAUUUGGGUUAGGACCAAUCCCGUUCUUUAUUGGAUCAGAACUAACCGAUGUUGGACCCAGACCUAUUAUUAUGUCAGCAAUGAGUGUUGCUAAUUGGUCCGGAAAUUUUUUGGUUGGACUUACAUUUCCUUUCGUCAACCUUGUUCUCAAACAAUAUUCUUUUCUUCCAUUCAUCGUGUUCACCGUUUUUUUAAUCAUAUUUACCUGGAAAGUGGUACCAGAAACCAAGCAAUCUCUCGGCCAACAGAGUACCGAUAGUGAAUAAGAGCCGAGAUUUUAUUCAUUUCUCUUUAAUAUUAUAUUAAAAAUUAUUAUUGCCUGUGAUUUCAUCUAUAUAAAAAUAAGAGUAUAGAGUUUAACUAUUGUAAUAUAAAUGUAUACGACAUUUGUUAUGUUUAUUUAUUAACAUUUUUAAGAUUUAUUUAGUUGAGAUCAGUAUAUAUAAUAUAUAUAUAUUAUAUAGUUUAACAGAUAAUAUUAUAAGAUGAAUAUUUUUAAUAUAUUUUUAAGUAUACUAUAUGAGAGCAGAUAAUUAUUGUUCUGUUACGUCCCAAAACGUGUCGAUAUAUACAUCAACUCAGGAAAUGAAGACGAAAUAUAUUCAGAUAUAAUAUGUUUUAAUUACAUAUUAUAUUUAAUACGAAAAUACAAUAGUAAACCAUGCCAAGACUGUGAGUGGUUUUACGACCGGCCUCCAAAUGUCUUGCGUAUCUCUAACCGUCUAAUCGUUUGCUAACCCAUGCUGCAACCAUCUGACGAGCUCUUGACAUGGUUUCCCUUAUAUAUGCUCUUAUUCUUAAAAGUGGUGGUCAUGGGGGUGAUGAAUUUCAGGCACUACAACAAUAAUAUAUUUUAACUACCGUGAUUUUAAUAAUAUUAGUAUAUUUGUUUAUAAUAUCAUCUAUUCCUACAUGGUCUAUUUGUUUAUACAAUUUAUGGAUAAAUUAGUAAUAUUUAUGUAUACUCUAAGUUGUUAAAAUAAUAUUAACCUAUUCAAAUUUAUCUUUAUUUUUGUACAAUUAUUUUUAUUUUUUUUUUUUUUAUUCUUUAUGCCUGGCAACUAUGGCCAUUAGCUGUUUUUGUAUGGAAGGGGGGUCACGGUUGGAUUGGAACACUUGUGUGUAUGUGUGUCAAAGAUUUGUCACUAAAACCCGUGUGGUCACCCAUCCGGGAACUAGUGAUACCGGCCGGUGCUUGCACUUAGAAGAACACGGUUCGUGACCGAAUGCAAACACUGCGCCACCGUGUAAUAUGAUUGUCGAGCUAUACCUAAUUUUCUAAAAAAUAAAUACUUAAUAAUAAUUUAAAUUAUAAAUUAUAAUUGAAAUUUUCAGAAAUAAUGAGAACUCUAAAUUGUAACAUAAACUUGUAUAGUUUUAUUUAAUUAUCAAAUUAUAAUAUAACAUAUCUAAGUUAUAAUAUUACAAAUUUCUGAUUUUAUUACCUAGUUAAAACCUCUAAGUGUUAAAAAGCUCAUAUAAGUCAUAAACCAUAAUAUAUAUUUGUUAUGAUAUUUUUAUUAUUAAUCGCAAUAUAUAUAUUUAUAUAUAUAUAUAUUCGUAGUAAUUUUACGACCCAUAUUAAUAUAAAUACUUUUUGUAUAAUACAUUAUAAUACAUACAUUAUAAUUAUAAUUUACUGUUUACCUAAUAAUAAACUAAAC